GCAAAAUAAAUAUAGAUAAAGACGAGUUAGUUAAAAAGAAUUGUUUUGUUUAUUUAAACGUGUUGACACUUUUCAACCCCGUUCCCUAAUUCUGAAGUAACAAAACUUAUUUUUUCAAGUACGGAAGAAAAUCGGAAGUGACGCAAUUACUUCUCCUCUUGAACCAUGCUUGAAAUGGAGGUGACCUUACUUAUUACCAAAUUGUAAAGUAAAGAAAGUUGGGGACCCCGCGGGCAGGUGAGUCCGGUCUGGGUUUAAUAAACUUGUGGUGAAUAUCUAAGCGGACCUUGAAGGUGUCUCCAGAGUGAGCAGAAAUGGCAGAGGCUCAUCAGGCACGCGUGCAGAAUGUGAUCGAAGACAUGGUCCAAAGCCUGGAGAAGGACCACAUCCGUAAAAUGCAGGGGCGCAUGUUCAGGUGCAGCGCAGAGUGCUGCGAUCGCUCCACAGACAGCAUGGCUCAGGUGCAUCAGUGCAUCGAGACGUGUCACACUCCCCUGGCCAAAGCUCAGGGCCUGGUCACUUCAGAGCUGGAGAAGUUUCAGGACCGUCUAACUAGAUGUACGAUGACCUGCAACGAUAAAGCAAAGGAUCUCUUUGACUCCGGCGCGAAGGAGCCAGCUGUUCGAUCGCUGAUGGACCGCUGCGUGGGCAGUUGUGUGGAUGACCACGUUAACCUGAUCCCCAGCAUGACCCGACGACUAAAAGAGAACUUGGACUCUAUACGGCAGUGAGGGGCGGGAUAAAUGACUGCAGUCCAUCCUGGGGAAAGCUCGGGGGCAUUGAGUUUAUUCAUCUAAGGAGUG